CGGAGAUCUCUACCAGGAAUUGUGGGCGGUCGAGCAACAAUAUAUCACCACAGUGCUAUGCCAUUCUGGGAAAUGGCUGAGCAGGCAAGGGAGCGCUUAAUUGAUCCUUUGGAUGCGGUCCAAGACACGACGAAUUAUCUUGAAUCAGAUGCGAAAACCAUGUGCCCGGGUGUACGUGUUGAAAGUGGCCCAGUAUCAAGGCACGGGGAAUUCUGGACUGCAACCAUGGCCUCGUCGGCCGGAGUUUUGCUCCGGUCAGUGCAUGAAGGUCCACGUUUGACCGUCUCCAAUCAUGGUUUUUUAGGCACCGAUGAAGUCUACCAUCCUUCCUCACAAGCUGCAGGACUGUGUAUUGGGCAAAUCACAGAACGAUUUGAACAUCUAGACAUCGCCCUUGUUCGAUUGUCCCCCUCGUCCUCGUUUACCAAUAGCGAGUACUUUCAAGCUCAGACACCAACAAGGCUCCUACGAUCAAAUCAGGUGUUAGAGAAUGUUUGGUGCAGUCUAGACGGAAUGGCUACGGGCCUGGUUUUUCUGCGGCUGGUUGGUGUUCGGAUGCGCAGAGCCCAGCGUCCUCCCGGUGUUGUCAUCCCUUUUGCUGAGUUCUUAGUCGAGAACAUAAUGGAAUUUAUUGGGCCUGCCGGAGGCCGCGUUCGAGAUGGUGUUUGCGGAGCCCCAAUUGUGGUCGAUGAUGGGCAAGACGGCGGGGUCGUGGGUUUCUUCCAGCUGGGGGCGCAGGACUCAGACUGGGCAUUAUCGCCGUGCUUAGACGAGCUGCUAGAUCGGGAUUGGGUGCUGGUCUAACCAAUCUUGUCUGUGUGGAUAGAGCUACGGCAGUUGAAAGCACUGCGAUCAGCACGCUUAGUCUUCUG